AUGUCUUCCAAUUUGACUGAAGAACAGAUAGCCGAGUUCAAAGAAGCCUUUGCUUUGUUCGAUAAGGACAACAAUGGCUCGAUUUCAUCGAGCGAAUUAGCCACCGUUAUGAGGUCUUUGGGUCUGUCACCUAGUGAAGCUGAAGUGGCAGAUCUGAUGAAUGAGAUCGACAUUGAUGGUAACCAUAAAAUCGAGUUUAGUGAAUUCUUGGCGCUAAUGUCUCGUCAGUUGAAAUCCAAUGACUCUGAACAAGAGCUGUUGGAAGCGUUCAAAGUGUUUGACAAGAAUGGCGAUGGUCUGAUUUCUGCAGCAGAGCUAAAACAUGUUUUGACCUCGAUCGGUGAAAAGUUAACUGAUGCCGAGGUGGAUGACAUGCUGAGGGAGGUGAGCGAUGGCUCUGGAGAGAUCAACAUUCAGCAAUUCGCAGCUUUGCUAUCCAAAUGA